CGCACCUCUGACGGUCUCUCAGUCGGCAUGACAACGCGCUCUCGAGGGCAAACGGGGAACGGCUGACGGGCGCGAGGAUGGAAGCAGAAGAUGCCCAGUAACGGAAACAGCGGCGGGAAGAGAACGAACGGCUGCACCGGCACCGGCACCGGCACCAACACCUGCUCCGGGAGCGUCUCGGUCCAUGUCCCGGCCAUGGAGAGAGCCCGGCCGGUGACGGUGACGGUGUCCGCGGUGAGCCUCGCGCUCAGCGUGCUGUCCCUGCUGCUGCUGGUCACCGCCAUCUCCACCGACCACUGGUACGAGACCGACACCCGCAGACACAAGGACAACUGCGACCGUCACGGAUCCGACUCCAACGACCAGAAGAACCGGGAGAUGCCCAUCUACCACCUGCCGCUGGUGGACACCGGCAGCGGGGGGGCUCGACACCGGGACGUGGCGCUGAUGAAGCCCGUGCAUGUGGGCAGCAAAGAGGAGGAGCUGUUGGAGAACUGGCGGGCCAUCCUGGGGCUGGGCAUCCUGGAGACCGAGUGCGGCAGGCCGCUGUUCUCCGUGCACUCCGGCCUGUGGAGGAAGUGCUACUUCAAAGGCCUGGACCCGGAUAUCGAUAAGCUCAUCGACCGGGGUAUCGCAGAUCGCUGCAAAGCUGUCAAGUACCACUUCUCUCAGCCAAUCAGACUGAGGAACAUCCCUCUGAACCUGACCAGGACCAUCCAACAGGACGAGUGGCACCUGCUGCACCUACGGCGCAUCACGGCAGGCUUCCUGGGCAUGGCGGCAGCGGUCUUGCUGUGUGGGAGCAUCGUGGCGUCAGUGGGGUUCUUCUGGGAGGAGAGUCUGACGCAGCAUGUCUCUGGUCUGCUGUUCCUCAUGGCAGGGAUCUUCUGCACCAUCUCUCUGUGUACAUACGCCGCCAGCGUGACCUACGACCUCUCCAGAAACCCCCCCUUCAUCUACGGCCUGCCGGCAGACGUGGAUCACGGUUACGGCUGGUCCAUCUGCUGCGCCUGGGCCAGUCUGGGUCUCACAGUGGCCUCCGGCUGCCUCGGCACCACCUUCCCCUUCCUGAGCCGCGCCGGAGCUCUGCGCUCCAAAACCGCCCGCGAGUCCUCGGUCUGAGCCGCUGGCUGCCAAUCAAACAGAGGAGGAGGAGCAGGAGGGGAUAAUGACCAAAACCUCAGGCUGCACCUGGCUGAUGUAACAGACUGGAGGCGGGGUGUCGGCCUCCAGGUGGAGCUGCAGGAGUUCAGCACCUCUUUCUAAAAUGUGUUCAAAGAAUCGCACUUUUAAUCUAAAGCAAAGUGUUUGUAAGACAGACUUGUGUCCCUGCACCACAGUGCCCCCUGCUGUGGAGUUUAUCAUGUGGACAUUCAUGUAACACACACACACACACACACACACACUAUAAUGUGACAGCUGCAGCCAAGUCCAAGUCAGACUGAGAGCAGCCAAGUGUAUAGGUGUGCUGACGCUUCAGUUAGACCAAAAUCCACCAGGUGACACUGACAGGAAACUACAGGAGCUAACAAGCUAACAGGCUAACCUAGCAGUCCACAGAAUCAGUGACAUCAGUCUCUGCAGCCAGUCAGCAUCCUUCUUUUGUAUGAUCUCACCUGUAAACAAACACUUAAAUCUUCAGUUAUGACUCGACAGUUCAGACCAACGAUUCACUACAAGACGAAACGUUGCAGAGAAAAGUGUCAGCAGUGUGAACUGGCCGGUCUGAGCUCGACUCAAGCCAGCUGA